CCUGUUGCCAGUAGAAAUAGUGAUAGAUAACAACAGGAAUUCAAUAAAUUCCAUAUCUCCCAAAGACGUUGUUACAGCGGAUUAGAUAACAUCAUGAAGCCCUUUCUGCUGUGUCUAGGACUUUUUGUCCUUUCGCUGGGGUCGGCAGUCCCCGACACUUCAGCUCCUGAUGCACAGGUGGCUGCAGCGGCUAGAAAGCAUCUAACCUUUGAUUGUUCUGAUGGACAGGUUGGUGAUACGUGUAUGAAUAUGUGCUACGGCGCAAAAUGCAAAAACCUGGGCAGUACAUUCACCUGGGAUCUGCCAGAUUCUCCUACCAAAGGCAAGCGCAGCCGUCUCGCCGGCUGUGGCUCUGGCAACCGAUGCAGCAAAGCCCCCUAUGGCAAAGGGUACCAGUGCGACGAGUAUCCGUUCAAGUCCGUCAAGGAGGCAGAUAAAGGCAAUCAAGUGAACCGAUGCGUCAAGGGUCACUAUAACAGCCGUCAAGGGCAGGUCCUGCAGAGCUUCUACUAUUCUUAUGGGCAGUUCAAGGGCAAGGGCUGCAAUGGGAAGGCUCCCUGUAAAUAUAGCCUUUCCUUCAAAAGGUUCAGUAAGUAUAAUUACUGCAAGAAGAGGCCAAACUGCAAGAACGACGGAAAUGAGUAUACCAAGGCUGGACCAGCGAAGCGCGAAGAGGAUGUUGAUACCAGUGGCUACUACCGCCUUAGCAGUGGCGAGGUUAUCUUUGUUCCUGAUGGAGCAUCAGUGGGUGAUUUGGUCUAUCAGGCUACCUUCACCAAUUCCAAUGCCACUAGUAGUGUCGAGGCUUUGACUGAGGAUGAUGAGAGCUAUGGUGACGAUGAAUUUGAGAUUCAAGAAGAUCGCAUUGUCGAAGAGGUUGAGGACUAUGAAUAAACUAUUGCAUGGUUUUCUAUAGUCUGAUGGCGUCUCAUGAUCUCCAUCAAAGAAGUCAUCAAGGUCGAGGCUGGUAUGUUGAAUGUCUUUAGGUUUGGAAUGACAGAUAUAUUCCUUGCAAACAUGGCAUAUGCUUUCACAAUAGCUUGAGGGCACCCUUCCUACGAACACUCUCUUUAAGUUUAACAAAUCAAAGAGUAGCCCAUGAUUGAAUAUAUUCAGCCAGCUA